AUCGGCAACCAUGGAAGAAAUAUUUGCAUAACAGUCGAGCAUUGUGCUUUUAUUUCUCGAAGGAAGUCUUCAGUUCAUUUGAAGACAAAAUGGCGGACUUCUGUGACUGGAAGUGGAGAAAGCUGUUGCCGUUGUGCGUAACGGUCGUUUUGUUGGUGGUUUUUGUGCCCAACUCUAGUGCUCUGUAUAUGGAAGGAACAAUUGAGUCAUUUGAUAACUGGAUGUUUUUGGCUCGCUUCUGUUUCCUGUCAGAUAUUGGGAGAUUACGAUUUGAGGUGGAGUAUCCAAAGUCAUUUGCUACACAGAAUCUCAUUCUCUAUUACGAUGAGGAGGAUCAGUGGCCCGCUGUUUAUCCUACUGAUGAAGUAGCUUUAAAGACCUGUAAGCAGAAAGAAUCCGUUCUGAAGGCAGAGAAUCACCAAGUCAUCAAUUUGACCACAGAGUACGUCUGGGCAGGCUGUAUUCUGACGAAGCUAGAAGAAGAUGACCAGAUGUCAAACUUGUUCGGAGACACGGAGAAGCUUGACUGCAGAGCUGGGCGGAGCUUCCGAUCGGUUAGGGAGAGAUGGUGGUAUGUGGCGCUGGAUAAUUGCAAUACCACAAGGGGUUUGUAUCUGAAAUACAAAUUAACCUUCACGAAUGGAGAGGGUUUCUGGGACACACAUUUCUCGGCAGAUCAGUUUGGAAUCCUUGAAACUGAUAUCACAUUCCUGAUUUUGUUCGGCUUACUCUUCAUUGGAUCCGUGUACGUUGCAAAUGUUCUACACAAUCGUCAGUUACUUCAUACCACCUACAAGAUGUUCAUUCUUGUCACCUUCUGCUACGUGGUCGCGAUGAUGUUUUUCAUCAUCUUCUACGUGGACUAUGCAAAUGAUGGGACACCCCUUACAAAUGUUAAAAUGACCGCCCUGGCCUUCCAGGCAUUUGGAGAUGGUGUGUUUCUACUCAUGUUGAUACUCAUGGGCAAGGGUUAUACCAUUACAAGAGGGCGCAUCAGUCAUUCGGGCAGCGUCAAGAUAGCAGUUCUCAUGUGUAUCUAUACAAUGCUGUAUGCAGCACUUUUCAUUUACCAACUUGCGGUGUUUGAUCCUGGUGAGGUUCUGUACCUCUACGAGAGCCCAGCUGGUUUUGGUCUGAUUGGCAUCCGUGGUGUCUGCUGGUUAUGGUUCAUCUACGCCAUCUUCUUCACAUUGAAACACUACCCAGAGAAAGGAUUAUUCUACGUCCCCUUCUUUUUCUUCUACACACUAUGGUUCUUGUCAACACCAAUUAUGAUUCUAAUAGCGACGUUUGUGUUCCCGAAAUGGUGGAGAGAAAAAGUGAUGAAUGUUAUAGAGUUAGUUAUAGCGUUUACUGCGCAGUUGGCUUUCUUGGUAAUGACAAGGCCGUCAGCAGCCAAUCGUAACUUUCCUUAUCAUGUCCGAACGUCCCAAAUUGGUAUAAUAGCCGAGCCGUCCGGCGCCAUGUCCAACAACAUUGACGGAUUCACUCACAGUGACUACGGCAAUGCUGCCUUCAGGGAUAACGGGAUGCCAAACUUUACCGAGAUGUUUGCGGUGACAACAUCCAACAGAGAGUCAUCGAAAGCGUUUUCGCCAUACGCUGUCAAUGGGAAUAAACCUACUACAGGAAACUCACCUGUACAGGACCCAGUUUACCCCCCAUCGUUACCCCCCGGUCUAGGGGGCUACCCCCCUCCCUCGGCACCACCCCAAACAUUAAGUUAUCCCCCGUAUCAGAACGACGGGCUAGAAAAAGGAGCUACAGUCAGGACGAAUGCAAGUCAACCAGCCUCAGAUUCACUCAAUACCAACCAUAAAACACCAGAGACAACACAAAGAGAUAGAGAAGUAGCAUCUAUGUUUAGAUCUAGUUUGGCAAGAGAAAAUGAAAACGGUAGUAGCAACACCUUCGUCCGAAACAACGGUUUCAUGGAACGAUCAUAAAAGCUUACCGUCACGACCUCUGUAUAAAUUUCCAGCAGUAUUCGUCUUGGCAUUCAUGGAACGAUCAUCAGGCAGGUUUGCUUCAUUUUUGAAAGGGCAAGGGCAUCAAGGCAUUUUCUCUUUAGCAAAGGGCACCAUAUGAGGAAAUUGUAAAUUUCUACUCGAGCAUUUCAAGGGCGCCAAGGCAUGGAGGCCAUCAUCUUCGUUGCCUUCGUGAAGUGUCUUGCGUGCAUCAUCAUCAGAGCUUACCAUCACAACAUGUACAAUAUCAAGCAAUAUUCAUAGAAGCAACUGACUUCAGAUGUGUCCAAUGGCAGCUUCUAGGACAAUACAGCCGACCAAUCAAAAGCAAGUAUCAAAUUACAUCAGGGGCCGAUUUCACAAAGCAAUGAAAUUCAUCGCAAGACAAAUUAAAUUGUCAGUUUUACCAUAGUG